AUGCAAAAUAGGGAACCCGGGGCCUGCUUGAAAGGGGGCCUGCCGAGCGAAACAAUUUUCUCUCGUUUGCACUUACUUUGUGCCGUUUCGAACGCACUCUCGCCGCCUUCCCAUCGAUUCUCGCUCGCCCUCCCGUUCCGAUCAUCCUCGCGCCGUCCGUUCCGUCGUUCGUCCCGUCGCCGUCCCGUCGCCUUCCCGUCACCGUCCCGCCGCUGUCUCGUCGCCUUCCCGUUGCCGUCCCGUCACCCUCCCUCUCCGUUCGCCCUUCAACUCUCCGUUCGCCCUUACCCUCUCCGUUCGCCCCUCCCCUCUCCAUUCUCCCUUCCCCUCUCCGUUCGCCCUUCCUCUCUCCAUCGCGCUUCCCCUCUCCGUUCGCCCUUCCCCUCUCCGUUCGCCCUUCCCUCUCCGUUCGCCCCUCCCCUCUCCGUUCGCCCCUCCCGUCUCCGUUCUCCCUUCCCCUCUCCGUUCGCUCCUCCCCUCUCCGUUCGCCCUUCCCCUCUCGGUUCGCCCUUCCCCUCUCCGUCCCGCUUCCCCUCUCCGUUCGCCCUUCCCCUCUCCGUUCGCCCUUCCCUCUCCGUUCGCCCCUCCCCUCUCUGUUCGCCCCUCCCUUCUCCGUUCUCCCUUCCCCUCUCCGUUCGUCCCUCCCCUCUCCGUUCGCCCUUCCCCUCUCCGUUCGUCUUUCCUCUCUCCGUCGCGCUUCCCCUAUCCGUUCGCCCUUCCCCUCUCCGUUCGCCCUUCCCCUCUCCGUUCGCCCUUCCCUCUCCGUUCGCCAGUCACCUCUCCGUCGCGCUUCCCCUCUCCGUUCGCCCUUCCCCUCUCCGUUCGCCCUUCCUCUCUCCGUUCGCCCUUCCUCUCUCUGUGGCGCUUCCUCUCCCGUCGCCCCUCUUCUCUCCCGUCGCCCCUCUUCUCUCCCGUCGCCCCUCCUCUCUCCCGUCAACCUUCCUCUCUCCUUACUACGUCGCUCUCGCUGUUCUCGCUCGAAGUACUACCGUGCCUGAUUAA